UUCAGGAUUUCUGCGCUUUCAGUAAUCCCAGAACUUUGUUCGAAUACGCCGUUGAGUUCCAAAGCUUCCACUACAUCGCACGACUGAUAAGAACAGACCGGAAAAAUGACCACACACUCAGAUCAAUCGAACGCCAAACGAUUGAACUUGGAAAAGGCAACGAACUUCAUGAGACAAUACAGAGAUCCUCAAUCGAGAGAACUGAAAAAACUAUCGGCCAAUCAGUUUAUGGAAGUUUGGAGCCACUAUGACAAAGACGGUAAUGGUUACAUCGAAGGCAUCGAGCUGGACGGAUUCCUACGAGAGUUCGUCUCCAGCGCCAACGCUUCCGACGUAGGACCAGAGGUUGUAUCUGAUGAGAUGCUGAUCGAAUUGAAAGCUUGCUUCAUGGAGGCCUACGAUGACAAUCAAGAUGGUAAAAUAGAUAUAAGAGAGCUCGCCCAACUUCUACCGAUGGAAGAAAACUUCUUGCUCCUCUUUAGAUUCGACAAUCCUUUGGAAUCCAGCGUAGAAUUUAUGAAGAUUUGGCGAGAAUACGACACCGACGGCAGCGGAUACAUCGAGGCGGACGAAUUGAAAAACUUCCUGCGCGACCUUCUGAAAGAAGCGAAAAGAAUGAACGACGUCUCCGAGGAUAAGCUCAUUGAAUACACCGACACGAUGCUCCAAGUAUUCGAUUUCAACAAGGACGGCAGGCUACAACUUUCCGAGAUGGCAAAGUUGCUUCCAGUUAAAGAGAAUUUCCUUUGCAGGCAAGUCUUCAAGGAAGGUAUUGAAGGAGCCACCAAACUGACCAGAGCUGACAUUGAAAGAGUUUUCGCUUUGUAUGACAGAGAUAACAAUGGUACGAUAGAAAACGAAGAAUUGAGAGGAUUCCUGAAAGAUCUACUGGAGCUUGUUAAGAAAGAUUAUGAUGCUCAGGACUUGCAAGAAUUCGAGGAGACGAUUCUACGAGGUGUCGACUACAGUCAAGAUGGAAAAGUGAACAAGAAAGAGCUGACGAUGAUUCUCCUGGCCAUAGCAAAACACAACCAAGAGGAAGAACCUACGACAACAGCAACCACAACUUCAUAAACCGCAUAUACUCUAUCUGAUCAACAUCUAAUCUGAAACGGAAUAGGCCAGCGAUCAAGAGAAGAAUUACGCUUUAGCCAACAGUUAUUUUGUUCCAAUUCGUUGUUUAAUAUUUUUGGCAUACACUCUCCAUUACUUUCAUCUAAAUCUAUCCAGUAAAACAAUUAUUAUAUGCAAAUCAGCACCAAAUCCGGGCAAUUGGGUCAAGGUCAAAAGGAAUUUGUGUAAACAAACGUAUCGUCUGCUAAUGCGGCAGACAUAGUGUAUGUGUUAACCGCAAAUAGAAAGCGGUAUCCCAAAGUCUCAGCAACGCAAUGACUGACUGGAUAGCUCUCUGUUUACUAGUAUUUUUAGUAGUAGGGGUGGUGGGAGUGAGGUGUCCCUGCAAAUGCUCACUCAUGCUUGGACGAUGAAAGUUGUAUCCUAGUCCAUUUUUAACCUUCACAAGUUCACGGUCUGUCGACUCUACUGAACGUGUCUGCUAUAAUAGCAGACGAAAUGUUUUAUACUAUAAGUUCUUUUCAACUAUGAUCUGAUUGCACAGAUUUUUUUCUCUAUAGUUUUACCGUAAACUUCAUUAUUCAUCGGCUUCUCCCAGAGCUGACCUAUUUCCAAAAUUCUAAGAUAAUAAUCAGUACUGUUGCCAACUUAUGAUGUAACUUGAGCAGCACAAGUUGCAGCUGAAUUUAAUAUUGAAAUUAUAAAUAUAUGUUUAGGGUUCUACGUGUGACACCAAUUUUAAGACUAAUAAUUUUAUAAAUGUCUAUUUCGAGAUGUAUUUGAAUCAAGUCAUCUGACAUACCAUCUAGAUGUAUCAUAGAAGAAUUCUUCAAGCUUUGCAUAUCAUAAGGAAUUUAAUGUAAGCCAAUUAUCUAUAGUCUAAUAUUUGGAGGCAAUCAAUGUACUGGGGGUUCCCUGAUCAUACUAAAGUUAUUCUGAAAGGUAAAAAAUUAGAUAGCAAAGGAGAAUUAAAUCACUAAACAUAAACAGGAUAAGUGUUCAGUAAAUGUUUAUUCCAAUGAGAAAUUUCUGAUUCUAACCAUUUAUCAACUGGUGAAAUCGCAAACAGAACUUUAAUCUCACAGUAAUUCUUCAAAUUUCAUACAAAUUUUUUUGAAUUCCUUCAAAACGUCAUAUAAGAGGAUGAACGUUUUGGUUUGCUUGAAGGACUGAGUAUUUAUUUCUACUCAA